GUAUGUCAGACAUCAUUCGCUUUCGGAAACCUGAGCAGAGCACAACUUGGUGUGAUCAUCUCAUCCCGUGUGUGCCUUAACGCAAUUGUAACGAUUACCGUUCUCGAGCACAUCCAGUGUGAUUAUUCUCUGUGACUCAAUUAUUCCGUGCUAUCAAUCAACCACCAUGUGCAGCUACGCCGAACACAGUGGCAAUCAGCGUGACAACAUGUGCUGGUGCUUCGAGGAAAUCAGCCUCAUGCUGUUGGUGCAACGAAUCCUGAUGUAUCUGUGGUAUCGGCUACUGCUGAAGAUGUUUCCCCGGCUGAGCGUACUGCCGAACUGCCACGAAUGCUCGCCCCGGCGCAGCCUUCCCUGCGGUCAGCUAGCCGACGAGUACUGGAAGGCAUCGUACUUCUCGCGCACCCUACAACAAACGCAAGGUCAUCUGUACGAUAACAAACUGCAGCAAGCGUUCCCACCGGCCGGAUUCUGUAAACACAUCCCAUCGGAACCACCAGCAUACGAGGAAGCGAUCAUGCCAUACGAGGAGGACCUCUUGGAGGAGGAAAACUUUAACUUCAACUGUAGCGACAUUAGCCACGUGUAUCAGAGCACCUUUCUGGAUGAGUACGACGAGUGUCUGCUGGCGGAGGCGGAUAUUGCGUGGGAUAUGCCCGUGCCCGAUCCGAAACCAAAGGACCAAUGUCAGUUGGAUGAGGAAAUUUCGCUUCUCCUGAACGAUUACUACAUCGACGACGAUUUGGACGAUCACCUACAAAUGGCAGCGUACGAGACGGCGAUCGGGAACAGCUUUUUCGGUGAUUCGUGGAUGGAGUAAUUGUGAUAUGAUACAGACAGUUCCUUAAGUUAAGAGAGUGUUCCGCUUGUAAAUACGACCCUAGGUUAGAGGAUAGAUUAAGCUAAACGUGAUAGGUUUUAAAUUUAUCAUUAACAAUCAAGAAUAUAAUUUACGAUGUUUAAAAUUUAAA